AUGCGGGGGGACCGAGCGGCCGAGCGGCCGGCGCUGCCGUCGCCGCUGCUGCUGCUGCUGCUGCUGUCGCGGGCUGCGGCGCUGCACCCGGGCGAGCUCUUCCCCUACGGGGAGUCGCGGGGGGACCAGGUCCUGCAGGAAGGCGACGACGAGAGCUCAGCCGCGGUGCAGCUGGCGAUUCCCCUGCGCUUCUAUGAAGCCCAGUUCAGCAGCCUUUACGUGGGCACCAACGGCGUCAUCUCCACCCAGGACUUCCCCAGAGAGACCCAGUAUGUGGACGAUGACUUCCCCACAGACUUCCCGGCCAUCGCCCCCUUCCUGGCCGACAUCGACACGAGCCACGGCAGGGGCCGGGUCCUGUACCGCGAGGACGCCUCCCCGGCAGUGCUGGGCCCGGCCGCCCGCUACGUGCGCACGGGCUUCCCGUGCUCUGCCAAGGGCUUCGCCCCCACCCACGCCUUCCUGGCCACCUGGGAGCAGGUGGGCGCCUACGAGGAGGUCACGCGUGGGGCGUCGCCCUCGGGAGAGCUGAACACUUUCCAGGCAGUUUUGGUAUCUAAUGAGUCUGAUACAUACGCCCUCUUUCUUUAUCCUGCCAACGGCCUUCAGUUCUUUGGAACCCGCCCCAAAGAAUCUUACAACGUCCAGCUCCAGCUCCCAGCUCGGGUGGGCUUCAGCCAAGGGGAGGUGGAUAACCUGAAGAGAGGAGUGUAUUUCAGCUUGACUAGCACUGAACAGUCUGUGAAAAAUCUCUCUCAACUAAGCAACCUGGGGAUUCCUGGAGUGUGGGUUUUUCACAUCGGCAGCACCUCCCCAUUGGACAAUGUCAGGCCAGCAACAAUUGGAGGACACCGUUCUACUGCCCACUCCUUGGCUCCCCCGGAAAAUCCCUUGAGCCAUAAUGUAUUCCUAGAAAGCGACUAUACUGAGGACAAUUUAAACUGUGCUGAUGAGAAUGAAGAGGAAGUUGAAUAUCCCCCUAGUAAACCAGAGGAGGCAUUGAAUGGCCGCAAAAGUAUUGAUCUUCUCUACUACUUGAAAUUGAAAUCUAAUUCAGGGCCUUUAGGAGAAUCUGUCACCUUGGACCCUCAAACCAAAGAGGGAUCGUCUCUGGAGAAGGCAGAGGCCCAGGAUUUAAAAGGCCAAGCUGAACCUUUGAACCAGACAGGAACCAGAAGCUUGGCUCCAUCAGAGGUAGAUGGAGAUUCACUGGCUCCUUCCCAGGAAACCCCACCACCCUACCCUGGAAACAGAAGCAUCCAACCCUACCCAGAUGGAGGGGCAGUGCUUUCAGAAAGGGGUGUUCCUCCAGCCCAUCCUGAAGAUCACUCCCCACCAGUGAGUCACGAGAGGAACCCAGUAGGAGUGGAAGACUAUGACAGUUCCAACACGCGGGGUAAUUUGUUUUAUUUUUCAGUUUCCAAGGUGGAAACCUGUGAACACAACCACGGGCAGUGUUCCUGGCACGCCUUCUGCACGGACUAUGCCACCGGCUUCUGCUGCCACUGCCAGUCCAAGUAUUUUGGGAAUGGGAAGCACUGUCUGCCUGAAGGGACACCUCAUCGCAUCAAUGGGAAAGUGAGUGGCCACCUCCACGUGGGCCAAACACCUGUGCACUUCACUGAUGUGGACAUGCACGCUUACGUCGUGGGCAAUGAUGGCAGAGCCUACAUGGCCAUCAGUGACAUUCCGCAGCCAGCUGCCAAGGCCCUUCUCCCCCUCACGUCAAUCAUAGGCCUGCUUGGUUGGCUCUUUGCUUUAGAAAGACCGGGCUCUGAGAAUGGCUUCAGCCUCACAGGUGCUACCUUUGUCCAUAACAUGGAAGUUGCUUUCUACCCAGGGGAAGAGAGGGUUCGUAUCACUCAAACUGCUGAGGGGCUGGACCCAGAGAACUCUCUGAGCAUUAAGACCAGCAUUCAAGGCCAGGUGCCUCACAUCCCUGAAGAUUUCAUAGUCAUCACUCCUCCCUACAAGGAGUUUUACCGUUACUCAGACUCAGUUGUGACCUCCACAAGUUCUAGAAACUACUUUCUCAGAACAAGUGCAACCGAGCAAACACAGUCCUUCCACAUCAACCAGAAUGUCACUUACCAGGUGUGCAGGCACGCUACCAGACGCCAGGCCAGCCCUAACACCCAGCAGCUGAGUGUGAACCAGGUCAUUGCCAUGUACAGCGAGAGAGAAAGUAUGCUCAGAUUCUCUGUGACCAGUCAGAUUGGCCCUGUUGAAGAGGAAUCAGACCCCACUCCAGUGAAUCCUUGCUAUCGUGUGACACAUGGAUGUGACAGAAAUGCACGGUGCCUUCCAGGGACAGGUGUAGACUACACCUGCGAGUGUGCCCCUGGAUUCCAGGGAGAUGGGAAGAGUUGUGUGGACAUAAAUGAAUGUGACACUGGCUCCCAUCGCUGUGGCCCCAACUCUGAGUGUAUCAACUUUAAGGGAAGUUACAGGUGUGAGUGCCAGAGUGGUUAUGAGUUAGCAGAUGACCGGCACACUUGCAUCUUGAUUGCCCCACCUCCCAGCUCCUGCGAGGAUGGUAGCCACUGUGUUCCUGCUGCGACGGCCCGGUGCAUUCAUUACAGAGGCAGGAAGUUUGGCUGUACCUGCCUGCCUGGCUACACUGGCGAUGGACACCACUGUGCCGAUAUUGAUGAAUGCUCAGAAAACAGAUGUCAUCCUGCGGCUACCUGCUACAACACUCCUGGUUCCUUCUCCUGCCGUUGCAAACCUGGCUAUCACGGGGAUGGAUUCCAAUGCACACCUGAGUCCACCCAGAGGCCCCAGACCGUCUGUGAACGCUGGAGGGAAAACCUGCUGGAGCAAUAUGGUGGCACGCCGCGGGAUGACCAGUACAUGCCUCAGUGUGAUGACCUGGGCCACUUCAUCCCCCUGCAGUGCCACGGGAAGAGUGACUUCUGCUGGUGUGUAGACAAAGAUGGCAGAGAGGUGCAGGGCACGCGCUCCCAUCCAGGCACCACCCCAGCAUGUGUACCCACGGUUGCUCCACCCGUGAGCCAGCCUGAGGUGACCCCUUCAUCUGUGGGCACUACCCUGCUCUAUGCCCAGGGCCAGCAGAUCGGCCAGUUGCCCCUCAAUGGCACGAAGUUGCAGAAGGGCGCAGCCAAGACCCUGCUGUCACUGCGUGGCUCCAUAGUCGUGGGAAUUGAUUAUGACUGCCAGGAGAGGAUGGUGUACUGGACAGACGUUGUUGGACAGACAAUCAGCCGUGCCAGUCUGGAACCGGGAGCAGAACCCGAGACAAUCAUUAACUCAGGUCUGAUAAGCCCCGAAGGACUCGUCGUCGACCACUUCCAUAGAACAAUGUACUGGACAGACAGUGUCCUGGAUAGAAUAGAGAGGGCCAAGCUGGAUGGCUCUGAGCGCAGAGCCCUGUUCCACACAGAUCUGGUGAAUCCCCGUGCCAUCGCUGUGGAUCCAAGCCAAGGCAACUUGUACUGGACAGACUGGAAUAGAGAAGCUCCUAAAAUUGAAACAUCUUCUUUAGAUGGAGAAAACAGAAGAAUUCUGGUCAAUAAAGAUAUUGGAUUACCCAAUGGUUUAACAUUUGACCCCUUCUCCAAACUGCUCUGCUGGGCAGAUGCAGGAACCAAAAAACUGGAGUGUGUACUACCUGACGGAACUGGACGACAUGUCAUUCAUAAUCACCUCAACUACCCCUUUGGCAUUGUCAGCUAUGCAGAUCAUUUCUACCUCACAGACUGGAGGAGGGAUGGUGUUAUAUCACUACAUAAAGACAGUAGCCAGUUUAUUGAUGAGUAUCUCCCAGAACAGCGAUCUCAUCUCUAUGGGAUAACUGCAGUCUACCCCUUCUGCCUAGGUAAAUGA